AUGCAAUACUUCUAUAUUGGACUAAAUCCGAAAAGCAGGGCUAAUGUUGACUCCGCAUGUGAUGGUUCCAUCACAAAGAGAACAACAGAUCAAGUAUAUCAAAUCAUGGAGGAUUUAGCAUUUACUAGUGCACUGUGGCCUACUGAAAGAACAAGUGUAAAGAAAUUAGCUGGGAUACAUGAGGUGGAUCCAUUAACUGCAAUCUCAGCACAGCUGGCAGCUUUAGCUAAAAAGGUCUAUAAGAUGAAUGUCAUUCAAACAGUCGGACAAAAAUGUAAGCACUGUGGAGGAAAUCAUGAAAGUGUUAAUUGUACCGUUGGUAGUCCUUUUGCUCAAUCACUAAAGGAUAUAAAUUAUGCUCAAAAUUUUCAAAGACAACAACAUAAUAAGAAUCCUAAUACCUACUACCCAGGCUGGAGAAAUCACCCAGGAAGCUGCUAUCAAGAAUUUAGAAAAUCAGAUGGGAUAAAUAGCAAAAGCACUCUCAGAAAGACAUCAAGCAACACGGAAACAAAUCCUAAACAGCAGGUAAUGACAGUAAAAGUUAUGGAGAGUGAGAAGAUUGAAGCAAUCACUACACACAGUGGGGUUAAACUUCCAGAAAUUAUAGUUGAGAGACGGGUGGAUAAAUCUAAACAUCUAGACAAAGUAGUUCCAUCUCAAGAGCUAGAAAAUCUACAGGUCAAGGUAACCGCUCUUAUCAAACCUUAUGUGCCUCCGGUCCCAUUUCCUCAUAGAUUACAAAAGAAGAAGUUGGAAGAACAAUUUGCAAAGUUCUUGGAUAUCUUCAGGAAACUUCAUGUUAAUAUCCCAUUGAUUGAAACUUUAUCUCAAAUACUAAACUAUGCAAAAUUUCUGAAGGAGAUCUUAGCAAAAAAGAGAAUGCUUACAGAUUUUGAGACCAUCAAGUUAAAUGAAGAAUGUAGUGCCAUCUUGCAGAAUAAAUUACCUCCUAAAUUACAAGAUCCAGGGAGUCUCAAAAUACCUUGGUCAAUAGAAAAAGAUUUAAAUUUUAAUUGCUUAUGUGAUUCUGGAGCAAGUAUUAACCUAAUGCCUUCUUCUGUAUACAGAAACUUAGGUUUGGAAGAGCUGAAAGACACAUCCAUCUCCCUUCAAUUGGCGGACAAAUCCAUCAAAUACCGAAGUGGAGUAGUUCAGAACGUGUUCAUUAAAGUGGGCAAAUUCAUAUUCCUAGUUGAUUUCGUUAUCCUAGAUAUAGAGGAGCCAUGGAAUGUAGCAUUACUUAUCUUCGGCAGAUCUUUUCUAUCAACAGGCCGAGCUAUUAUGGACUUUGAAAGUGGCGAACUAACAUUGAGGGUAGAAGAUAAGCAAGAAAAGUUCAAGAUCUACAACACUAUCGAGAAUCCAUUACAAGAAGAGUUCAGCAAAAAGGUUAAGGAGGAGUGCAAUUAUAUUGCUGCAUAG